AUUUGAUUCAGUGUCUGAUGUCUUACUCAAAAAAAGUAAUCGUAAAUAUGCUCAAACUAGGAUACAGCCACUUUCAACAAGAAUGAGUGAUAUCUUACUCAGAAUACAAUAACAAAAAAUUAGCGUGUGGCACUUUUGUGCAUCGAUCCAAAAAAUUUUAAUAUCGUUUCAAAAGUAUCGAUAUUUUUAAUACCGGUACAAUAUCGCCCAUUGCCAGCCAUUUUUUAACAUAAAGGAAAGGAAGUGUCUCAGGCCAAAAAACACAAACUUCAACAACAAGGAAAGGAAGGAAGGAUAAAGGAAAGGAAGAAAAAUGAUACCUAAACAAAGACCUUCCGAUGUCUGCAAACGCUGUUUAAGAAGAAAUAGGCCGAACCUUUUCAUUGAGGAUGUGAAGUUUUGUGCUGGGUGCGGAGCUAAAUUAAAGAUAGAGCAUCCGUAUGCCCAACGUCGGAGUCCCAAGGUUGGGCAUACGGAUCUUCCGAACGUUCAGCCCGGCCCCAGCCACCGGUCCAUGGCAGAACAGCCCGGCCCCAGCCACCGGUUCAUGGAAGAACAGCCCGGCCCCAGCCGACAGUACAACGAUCAGCUUCAGCUCCAGCUGAUGCAAACGCAGCUGGAGCUGAUGAAGCAAUUGUGUGAGGCUAAGGCCAAGCCUACUGAAACUCAGGCCAAGCCUGCUGAGGCUCAGGCCAAGCCUGCUGAGGCUCAGGCCAAGCCUGAUGAAGAAAACGAAAAAGAAAAUAAAGAAUGA